AUGGCCUCUAAGGGAGCCAUGCUGCCUCUUUUGAGGCGUGAACUGCGACCUGCGCCCUCGCGCCUCUCGCGGGCCUACUCCUCCUUUUCCACUGCUCCGAACUCGGCGAGGAGCUCGAAUCCUUCGCUUUCCAUCUCUGGACGCAGAGCCUCCCGUCGCGCCGCGCUUUUCGCCCCGGGUCGCACACCCAUUCGUGCCUUUUCGCAGUCGCUGAAGCUCGCCAACGAAAAUGGCCAAUUUGAUCCCCGGUCGGUGGAGAGAGAGUCGGACGAAGUGGACGUUUGCAUUGUCGGUGGUGGCCCCGCCGGUCUUGCCGCUGCCAUUCGACUAAAACAGCUUGCCAACGAAGCGGGCAAUGAGGAAUUUCGUGUGAUCUUGCUGGAGAAGGCUGGCGAAAUUGGCGCGCACAUCUUAUCGGGCAAUGUCUUUGAACCGACUGCGCUCAACGAGCUGCUACCCGACUGGCUAUCGGAGGACAACCCGUCACGGUUCGAGGGCGUGACGCCGGCCAAGGAAGAGAAGAUGCGCUUCUUGACCCAGAACUCCUCGAUUCCCAUCCCGAUGCCGCCGCAGAUGAACAACCACGGCAACUAUAUCGUUAGCUUGAACGAGUUGACCAAAUGGCUGGGGGAGCGAGCGGAGGAGUUGGGCGUGGAAAUCUACCCCGGAUUUGCCGCUAGCGAAAUCGUCUACGGAACCGAUGGCGCCGUGCUUGGAGUGGCGACCAACGACCUAGGUAUUGGCCGAGAUGGUCAGGCGAAGGACACCUUCGAGCGAGGCAUGGCGUUUCAUGCUCGCGUCACCCUUCUUGCCGAGGGCUGUCAUGGCAGCUUGACCAAGCAGGUCACCAAGAAAUAUGACCUGCGCCGGGACAGCCAGCCACAAACGUACGGCAUCGGGUUGAAGGAAGUCUGGGAAAUCCAGCCCGAGAAGUUCAACUCCGGAGAGAUCGUGCAUUCCUUGGGUUACCCACUUCCCACGGAUACCUACGGCGGUGCUUUCAUGUACCACUUUGGUGACAACAUGGUCACUCUUGGUCUGGUGGUUGGCCUGGAUUAUCCCAACCCUUGGCUUUCCCCGUAUGGUGAGUUCCAGAAGCUCAAGCACCACCCUCUUUUCAAGGAUGUCCUGGAGGGCGGCAAGUGUAUCUCUUACGGAGCCCGUGCUCUGAACGAGGGUGGCUUCCAGUCCAUCCCGAAAUGCGCCUUCCCUGGAGGCGCGCUCAUCGGCGACACGGCGGGAUUCCUCAACGUCCCCAAGAUCAAGGGCACGCACACGGCCAUGAAAUCCGGUAUGCUGGCCGCCGAAUCGACAUUCUCGGCGCUGCAGAGCUCUAGCGAGGGAACGGUCUUCCUAUUCGACUACGAGAAGGCUCUCCGGGAGUCGUCGAUCUGGAAAGAGCUGCGCGAAGUCCGCAACAUGCGACCUUCCUUCGGCACCCCUCUCGGCCUCUACGGCGGCGUCAUCUACUCCGGUCUGGAGGCCUACCUUUUCAAGGGCCGAACGCCCUGGACCCUGAAGCACCACAGCACCGACGCCGCGGCCACGAAGCAGGCCUCGGCAUGCGAGAAGAUCGAAUACCCCAAGCCGGACGGCGUCCUCAGCUUUGACAUCCUCACCAGCGUCAGCCGCACCGGCACCAACCACGAGGAAGACCAGCCCGUGCACCUGCAGGUCGAAGACUGGGACAAGCACAAGGAUGUCGCGUGGCCGCAGUACAAGGGUAUCGAGAACCGGUUCUGCCCUGCCGGAGUGUACGAAUACGUCGAGGAUCCCAGCAAGGAACACGGCGUUCGUUUCCAAAUCAAUGCCCAGAACUGCAUCCACUGCAAGACCUGCGACAUCAAGGUGCCCACGCAGGAUAUCAACUGGCAAACACCCCAGGGUGGCGAAGGUCCCAAGUACUUCAUGACAUAA